AUGGGAAGAGCUGAGUCAGAGCCGGGGGACGGCGGCGAUCGCCGGGCCCGGCGCCGGGACUGGGGGGGUGGGGGUGGGAGGGCAGCACCGGACCCCCGCCGCCUCGCCCGGUGCCAGGCGCCGAGCCCCGCUGCCGGCCCGCCCCGCUCCGCUCCGCCCCGUGGGCACGGGGGGCGGGAACCGGGCCCGGGAGAGCCGGGCACCGUGCGGGGAGAGCCGGGCACGGAGCGCAGGCAGCGGGGUGCGAGGGGCGCGGCGGGGCCUCCCCCGCUCCCGGCGGCGCUGGGCAGGGCGCGGCGGCAGCGGCCCCCCCCCCCCCGAGCGGCCCCUCCGCAGGUGCCGGGGCGGGGACCCCGUGUAACCUGUUUGGCCGCCGCCGGCCCCCGGGAGGCGGCGGGGCCCGGCCCGGCCCGGCGCUCACCUCGGCUCACCCCGGCCCCCCUCCCCCCGGCUCCUUCUGACUCAGAGCCCGGCCGCUGCCCGGCGCUGGCGGAAAGUGUGAGGAGCCGGAGCCGCCGCCGCGGGCUGCCAAGGCAAACACCGCCCCGCGCAGACGUUAUGUCAGCCGGGCCGCGCCGGGGGCACCGAUACGCCACCGGUCUCCCCGCCCAGCUCUCCGCCCGCCGGGGCCCGGUACCGGGUACCUGCCGCCGUGCCUCGGUCCACCUGCCUCACCGCACCCCCCCACCUGCAUCCCCAUCCGCCCGCCCGCAUACCCUGCCCGGACCCGUACCCACCCGCCCUGCCCGGGGCUCCCGCAGCGGGAAACAGGGAAGAGUGGAGAAACCCGCGGAAAACCCGCUCCACCCUCCCGGCCCCACCGCCCCCCGGCCCGGACCCGGUGCCCCCGCCGCUCCCCGCAGCCGCUGCCGGAGCUGUCGGUGCUCUCCCGGGGGCCGCCGCCCGCUGCCCCGCAGGGCUCCCGAACUCACCUCCUGCCCGCGGGUCGCGGAGGGGCCGGUGCCGGACGGGGGCCGCGGGCCCGUGUCAGCCGGGCCGGCGGCGUGGCAGGAAGGACCGGGCGGUCAUCGCGGCCCGGGCGCGGCCGCCUGCAGAGGGCACUGCCGGUCCCGGAGCCGGGCCCCGCAGGCGGCGAGCGCGGCCCCGCGCGGCACGGACGCGCCCGGCGACACCAAAGGGGUCUUUGGUGCCGGUGGCACCGUUUAUUUGGGCUAUAAAUACCGGAAUGUCCCGGACCGGCCACAGCACCCGCCCCGCACCCGUCAGCUGUGCUCACCUGCCCCACAACCUACUACACACCCAUCCAGCUGUGCUCACCUGCCCCACAACCUACCACACACCAUCCAGCUGUGCUCACCUGCCCCACAACCUACCACACACCAUCCAGCUGUGCUCACCUGCCCCACAACCUACCACACACCCAUCCAGCUGUGA